AUGUUAUGUUAUCAGGUGGCAAAUUCGGAAGACACCAGGAUCAACAAAUAUGUUGAAGGUCUCAACUACGAUAUCAUCAACAGAGCUAUGUCUGCUGAAUGGCUGGAGGAACCGACUUUGGCGGGGAAGAUGAGGCGUGCUUUGGAUGCUUCAAGGCAAUUGGCAGCCCUUUCUAGAAUCCCAAACAGGCAGUCAUCAAAUCAUGCUCCGACAUCUCAUCAAGCUCCACAGCCUCCAGGAUUUUCUCGACCAUCUCCGGUUGCACCACCGCCAGUCUAUCAACAUCUGAAUUCAACUUUGAAAUCACCGGAUGCUAUGGACAUUGACGCAAUUUCGUCCAGGGGUCCUCUAACGCCAGAACAAUGCUUCAAACGGGUGACGCCGGAGGCUCGAAAAAAGUUUGUGGUGCAAUAUCGAGGGGCAGUUCCAGUUCAAGUCUCGGAGGUCUCAUUUGGUCCAAGGCCCCCGGGAGAGAGCAUCACUCGUCUACGCUCCCUAUUCUCAGUUCCUUCACCUUACCAAGCAGUUCCGACCAAUCAGCAACGGUCACCUUUGCCUUUGAACCCUCCGACCCAGUUGGAGAUUCCUCAAGACUCUUCUGACCUCGAUUUCUCGAAAUUCGGCUUCAAGGAAGACCAGGAAGAGGUCGAAGAAGUGGGGGUAUCAACGAUUCAGGUUUGGUUGGACUGCUCUAAGGCGGGGCGGAUGUUGAUUCCGGUAUAG